AUGAAAAAACUCAAUUCCGUGGCCAAAAAAGCAUGCAACUACAUAUUAACAUUUUUCUUCAUCUUAUUCAAGGACAAGGAUUUAUUCACUGCUGGGACUGAUACGAGCGCGGCCACAAUAGAAUGGGCGAUGGCCGAGCGGUUACAGAGUCCCUCGUCGCCGACGAAGGCUCACGACGAACUCUCACAAGCGAUCGGCUCCAAACAAGAGAUCGAGGAGUCCGACAUCAGGCAACUCAAGUAUAUCCAGGCCAUCGUGAAGGAGAUGUUCCGUCUCCCCCCUCUGGCGCCAUUACUGCUGCCCCGCCAAGCCGCGAUGACGACAGAGAUCAGAGGCUACACGGUGCCAAAGGGCGCACGCGUCCUGGUGAACGUGUGGGCGAUCAGGCGAGACCGCGAGCUGUGGGCGGAGCCGGAGAAGUUCAUGGCAGAGAGAUUCCUAGGGAAGGAGAUCGGUUUCCGCGAAGACUUCGAGCUCGUGCUGAUAUGUCUCGGGCUGCCGCCGGCUGCUCGCAUGGUGCACCUGAUGCUCUCGACCUUGCUGCACCGGUUCGAGUGGAGGCUUCCGCCAGAUGUGGAAAGGAACGGAGUGGACAUGUCGGAGAACUUUGGGGUGACAUUGGGGAUGUCUAUGCCACUUCAGGCUAUAGCUAAACCAAUUUGA